AGCAAGUGUCCAUCUCUGGUUUGUUUACGCACAAAGAGAUAACUGCACAAACGCCCCCUAAAAGGUUUUACGAUAAUUAUCACUGUUUUUAACGAGAACUACACACUGCACAUUGCACCAUGUCCAAGGAGCAUUGGAUGCGCGACCUGCCGCCCGAGCUGCGGGACAUGUCAAUCAUUAAUUUGGCCAUUCCAGGUUCACACAAUUCCAUGACCUACGGCAUAAACGGCAGCUCCCAACUGGCGCCAGAUGCGGAGCCAGCUAUCCGGCGCUGGUAUCGCUUCUUUCCGUGCUUUGUGCGCCGUUGGAGCAAGACGCAAUCCUCCAGCAUCGUAGAGCAACUGAAUCUGGGUGUGCGCUACUUUGAUUUGAGGAUAGCACAGAGGGACGAGAAGUUCUACUAUUGCCAUGCGCUGUUUGCCAUGGAAGUCUUCGAGCCGCUUAUGGAACUGCGUCGCUUCUUGGACAGCCAUCGGGAGGAAAUGGUUGUGCUGGAUAUGCAGCACUUCUAUGAGUUGACGCCGAACCACCAUCAGCAGCUGCACAAGGAAUUGAUACAAUUGUUUGGCCAUCGCCUGUACUCCACGGCAGAUGGCUCCCUGCUCGAUUGCACGCUGAAUCGCUGCGUGGAAAUGCAACGCCAGGUGGUGAUCAUAUACCGUAGAUGUCCCAUUCCGUUGCCGCUGCGCUUCUGGCCGAGCUUUGCCUGGCCCACUCCCUGGCCAAACAAGGCGAGCAUCAAGAAGUUGCAAUCGUUUCUCGAGGACUCAUUGCUCUCCCGCCAGCCGCAGCAGGGCUAUGUCUCCCAGUGCCUUCUCACACCGACGGGUCGUUACAUAGCCCUUCGUGUAUUCUUCUCUCUGAAGCGCACAGCCAGGCGGGUGGACAGGAAGCUGUAUCCCUGGAUUACGGAACAGACUCCAGGUCCCUUUGACCCAAAGGAGCAGCCGCGUGUAAAUGUAUUUCUCGCUGAUUUCGUAGAGCUUAAGGACGGACAGUUUUGCAAUUGGGUGAUGGAGUUGAACACCAAACUGGAGAUGGGGCCGGAGAUGGAGGAGGCAGCUAUUUGAUGCUAUUGCGUACAUGAAAAUGUUUUCCAUUGGGUGCUAUUAUUUUUUAUUUUUCAAUAAUCAAUAUACAAAAUAUAUUUAAAA